GUCACACUUUCUUUGCUUCACAGCCCAUAUACAGUACGUUCACUGUUUUCUCUUCUGCAGAAAGUAAAAGCUGCAGAAAGCAACGAUAAAAUAACGACAUAAAGCCAUGUUUUCACCAAUGACGCGUGCACGGUUGUUGGGAAAAGCGGUGGAGUGUGUUUCCAGAGUCCAUCUGCAGAGUGGUGCAGUGUGUCAGAAGGCAGCAGUAAAACACUCAACCCCACAGAUUCCCCCAUGUGAUUUUAAACCUGAUUCAUACCAGGCAAUGUCUAAGCAGCGUCUGCUGGAGAUCAGGAAGCAGAUCUGUAACCCCAUGACUAUGAAGGUGACGUACUACAAGGAGCCAGUGUUUAUUCAUCAGGGACACAUGCAGUGGUUGUGGGAUAUGGAUGGGAAGCGUUAUCUCGACCUGUUCGCCGGGGUGGCCACCGUCAGCGUCGGACACUGCAACCCGAGAGUAACUGAAGCUGCAGUGAAGCAGCUGGAGCAUCUGUGGCACACCACAGCCAUCUACAUCCACCCUCAGAUUCAGGAAUAUGCAGAGAAACUCGCCUCCCUCCUGCCUGAACCGCUGAAGGUAGUUUACCUCACUAACAGUGGAUCUGAGGCUAAUGACCUGGCUAUGCUGAUGGCACGAGUACACACGGGCAACCACGACGUUAUCACACUAAGAGGCUCGUAUCAUGGUGGCAGUCCGCUGGCGAUCGGCCUGACGUCAAACGCAGCGUAUAAAUACCCCGUGGCCUCUGGAUUCGGCUGCCAUAACACCAUGUGUCCUGAUGUGUUCCGGGGUGUGUGGGGAGGGAACCAAUGCAGAGAUUCUCCUGUUCAGACAAUCAGAGAGUGCAGCUGCUCACCAGGGCACUGCCAAGCCAAUGGCCGGUACAUUGAGCAGAUGAAGGAAAUGUUUGCCACGACGGUGCCCAACCGCAUCGCUGCAUUCUUUGGGGAGCCCAUUCAGGGUGUGGGAGGAGCUGUCCAGUACCCCAAGAGCUUCCUCAAAGACACCUACAAGCUUGUGCGGGAAAAAGGUGGAAUCUGUAUUGCAGACGAGGUUCAGACUGGCUUUGGACGCACAGGAAGUCACUUUUGGGGCUUUCAGGCACAUGAUGUCAUGCCAGACAUCGUGACCAUGGCCAAAGGCAUUGGUAAUGGGUUUCCUAUGGGGGCUGUGGUCACUACAGAAGAGAUUGCCGGGUCAUUCGCUAAGGGAGUUCACUUCAACACAUUCGGUGGAAACCCGGUGGCCUGUGCCAUUGGCUCCUCUGUGCUGGACACGAUUGCAGAGGACGGGCUCCAGGAGAACUGUGCUGUGGUGGGAACGUACCUCCUGACUGAACUGGCCAAGCUGAGGGACAAACACGAGAUCGUCGGAGAUGUUCGGGGAAAAGGCCUGAUGAUCGGUGUGGAGAUGGUUACAGAUAAAGUGAGUCGUGUUCCCCUCCCUAAAGAGGCCAUGGCUGAGAUUUUUGAAGACGUUAAGGAUAUGGGGGUGCUGAUCGGGACUGGAGGACUUUACGGGCAGACAUUCCGGAUUAAGCCACCCAUGUGCAUCACCAAGGAGGAUGUGGAUUUCUUCCUGGCGGUGUUCGACCAGGCCCUGCAAAACUACGAGACAAGAAGAUGAGAAUAUAAGAAGUUCUGACAAGUAGAUAUUGGGCAGUAACAAAAUUCAACUUUAAUAGAUUGUCAAAUCCACAAAAAAAGCUCAUUUAAAACAUAAAUAAUUUAACAUUAACUUGUUUAUAGUGUUACUUUUGUGUUUUCCAGAAUAUGGAAACUAAUGGGAAAUUUUUUUUUUUUAUUUUGAUUUUUGCUGCUCUUACAUUCCACAGUAUUGUAUGUACUAAGGCUAAGUUUAGGCAUUCAUCAAAACAGAUCUGAUUUGAGAAACAAAUCUGACUUGCCUGAAGUCUGAACAUAGCCUAUUAUACACAGAUUAAGCAUGACAUUAUGACCAACCGUUACCCAUGUUUUCCGUUAUUUAGUUAUAUAAUAAUUACAGAUUGUAGUCCUGUGUCUGUUUCUCUUCUUCAGUGGUCAAGACCCCAUAGGAUAGAACAGUAAGAGCAGAUAUUAAUAUUUAGGUGGUGGGUCAUUAUUAUUCUUAGCACUGCAGUGAUUAGCACUGAGGAGCAUGGUGGUGGUGUAUGAGGUGUUAGUGUGCUGACAGUAUGAGUGAGUGGAUCAGAUACAGCAGUGCUGCUGGAGUUUUUAAACACCUUAAUGUCACUGCUGGACUGAGAAUAGCUAGCUGUAGGUACGAGUGUGUAAUAGAAUUGAGGACCGUGAGUAAACAACUGCUGCUGUAUCUGAUCCUUUGAGAAUAAUGACCCACAACUAAAAUAAAGCUGCUCUCUGGUGGUCUUGUGUUUUUUUUUUACCACUGAAAAACAGGGUUACAAAAGGAUAAUACAGCUCUGAAAAAAAAAUGAAGAGACCAUUUCAGUUUCUGAAUCAGUUUCUCUGAUUUAGCUUUUUAUAGGUUUAUGUUUGAGUAAAAUGAACAUUGUUGUUUUGUUCUAUAUAAACUACAGACAUAUUUCUCCCAAAUUCCAAAUACAAAUACUGUCAUUUAGAGAAUUGAUUUGUAGAAAAACAAAGUUCAUAGUCAUACAGUUUUAAGAGUCCAUACAUCAAUAUUUAGUGGUAUAAGCCUGGUUUUUAAUCACAGUUUUCAUGCAUCUUGGCAUCAUGUUCUUCUCCUCCAGUCUUACACACUGCUUUUGGAUAACUUUAUGCCUUUACUCCAGGUGCAAAAAAUCAAGCUGUUUCAAGUUAAGAUCAUCUAAAUGCUUUAUGCCAACUUUGAUACAUCAUGCUCCCUUGUCAUGAGCACAGUGGACGGUGUUCAACUACACUGACAAGAUAACACCUCACAACAUAUACAGGUGUUGGCAUUCCCAAGCUGUCCCCUAUGUAAUUCACUUCAUGAUCAACUUAUAAACUGCUGUCCCAUGACUUUUGACAGCAUGUGAGUAUAUAUACAGAAUUACAUUGGAUUGUUGUCUUAAUCUGUACCUGUGAAUCAGAAUUGUAUUAUACAUCAUACACACUCAUCCAAAUAAAGCAAAUGAACAAUAAAA